UGUGAGGCGGCUGAGGAGCGGGGCCGGUCCUGUCUUCCUCUUGCUCUGGGGAAGGAGGUGGGGGUGGGUUUAGGCACCUCCCCAGAGUUUGGGAGAUGGGAGACUCUUGGUGUGAGGUCUGUGGGCAGGGUAGGUUGUGCUAUUGUUAAAAAUAGGUUUAAACGAAGUUUUAUUUAUAACAAAACCCUUCAGAGAAAGGUGCUCCGGGUGUUCCUGAGGAGAGUGGUUAGGGGUUAGUUGUCUUGGUCCCUCAGGAUUUAUUUCUUUUUGAGGGGAAUGAGACCUCAGGUGGUGUUAGUCAGCAGAAGAUUCUUCUGUAGGUCUACCCUUUAGAAAAUGUACUUGCUUCAGGGUUUGGGCAGCAAGUAUGUGUUUUCCUGACUGCAAAACUAGAGUUUUUAAUAAUUUAGGGAUUAAAACCACUAAGGUUCCCAUUCUGGAACAAUGCCAGUACCAGAUGCAGCUAAAAACUGCCCAGGUGAGGCACCUGUGGGAGCAAAUGCAGGGAUGAGCAGCAUAUUGAAGGCACCUGUGGCAGCAGACCCACCUAAGAACAGCAAAUUCAAGGCACCUGUGGUGUCAGAUCCACACAGGAACAACAGAGCCAAGGUGCAGGUGGCCACUAAAGUGCUGAAUCCGCGAGAUUUUGUGCGCAUCCAGGCUUUGCCUGGCUUGGCUCAGAAGGAAGGGAAGGUCUUGGCCAGGAGCAGAACGAUUUACAGGAGCAGUGAACCUUCAAGAGAACAAGUGUUCUGGGAAAACCACCAGAGGAGGCAAAAGCAAUUCACUCAGGGACUCUUCACCCCCUUUGGGAAGCCUUAUCAGGAGAUUGGAGAGAUUGUCUACACAGACCCGAAAAAACUCACCCUCUACUCCUUGGGGCAGCUGCCACAGGAACCAGUGAAAACACAUGUGGAGGAAAAACCACCCAAAGAAGUGGCUGAAGUUACUGCUAACAAGUACCCUCUCAAUCCGAAGCCUGAUUCAUUAGAACCAGUGAAGAGGCUCUCCCCAGCUAGAGAAACAGGAAAGGAGCUGAGGACUCUUAGUAAAGCUCUGGCUCAUGCAAGGCGUCACAUCAAUUCUGUGAAGCGAGGUGGAGACUACUUUCAUAUACUGCACCAAGAAUCACUGGAGAGGAGCGCACUGGAAGCAGCCCAGCAGGAUGAGGGCACGAUAUGGAGAACUGAAUUCCAACCAUCCAUAUACUCCUCUGAUGCAGAAAAGUCAGAGGAAGAAAUAAACAAUUGCUCUCUGACAGAUGGUGACAACCUGAUGAAAUUGGGGAAUAUGAAAAAAAAGAUGACCUUACGGUCUUUCACUCCUGUUUAUACCAGUGUCUUGAUUCCAAACCCCCCUGGAGCAAACAGCAAACUUCUCUUCCGACAGCUGUGUGCCAUACACUGGCUUCUAGAGGCUUCGACUCUUGAAUCCAACAGUUCGAUGCAUUCCAUAUUAACCUGUUGGAAUCCAAUGGACCCUGGUGGUUGUAAAAAAACAGUAAAAGAAAUCCAAGAGGAAAAGACAGCAAGAUACAUGUGGGAGCUCUUUAUUUCACGCACAAAGAAAUGCACCUGGAAAACACGAUGCAGUCCACUUAUGAGGAAGAUAUACAGGGCAUCUACUCCAGGCAUCUCUCAGCUUAGCAGUCAGUCAUCUCCCCGUGGUCAAAGCCCUUGUGACAGCGUAACUUCCACUGUAGCUUGCUCUGAAGACAACACCAAGAUCAACCUGUCUUCAUCUGAUAUUAUGAGUGAGUCAGCACAAGCUAAAGAGCAAGACCUUCUUUCUGCCUCCCUGCAGAGAGUCAUGCGUGUAAUACGUGAACAUUCGUCAAAAGAUUUCCGUAAACAAGAUAAUAUGGCUGAGAAGCUGGGACUGCAGCGUUCGUCAGUGGCUCAGAAGAAUUACAGAGCAAACGUGCCAUUCGUUCAGGACAAAGAGAGUGUAAUAUCAAGGAAGCAGAGUCCCAAAACCCAGAGCCACAAUAUCAGCUCUUCCACUAAAAGCAAAUCUAACUUGUGUGCUCAUAUGAGGCAAGAGUUCACAGCAAUACGUGAAGAAGCAGCUGCUUGUUUACAUGAUACUCUGCAGCACCUUGAGAGGAGCCAGGAAGAGCGAUGUCGUGAAAAAUUCCAAGCCCUGGAACAAUUGACAGAUUUUAGAAAAGACAUGGAAAGAAUAAGACAGCUGGGCCCAAGAGCCGAAAGAGAACGUGAUGAAGGUGAAAUAAACUGGCUUCCUGAAUUGCUUGCCAGGCUCCCAGAGUCUGUGAAGAGUGACCACUGUGUACAUAAAAUCUUAAAGAAACUAGAAAAAUAUGGCAAGAAUCCUGACUUGAAAAUUGAACCAGAUGCCUUUCUUAAGGCUCUGGCUGAUCUCCAGGUGUGGGAGCUGUGUUCUCCAGAAAUUGCUGCAGCUGUGGAGUUUGUACGUGAAAGUAUUGUGCAGAUGCCAGAAGAGGAUUUCAGUCUGUGGUUUCAGACAAGAGCAGCCUGUCUCAGUGCACAGUCUUCUACCAUUUAAUCAAAUGGUCACGAGAUGGUUUUCCAGCUACGAUGGUCCUCAAACAGAAAACUACUGGCUGUUGAGAUUUGUCUCAAUAAAGACUGGGGAAGGGGAGUGAACUUGAGGAAGUCCCACUAACCACUCUUGCACAACUGAAAUUCGUCCCUCUACAGUGCUCCACUGGCUGUAGUUGGCCAUAGAAAAUAAAAGCUAAAUACUGUUGU